AACCUCGCAGCUUCUGUUCUUCUGUCUAUAAAUACAUUCCUCAACCAAUAAAGGAGGUUUUAAGCAGCAGGUUCUUAUCGCAGACGGAGCAGAUAUUUUGGAUCAGAGAUAAGCAUUUGAGAAAGGAAGGAUGGCCUUAGUGUCUGGAGGAAGGUCAGGACUGAACCCAAAUGCGCCCUUGUUUGUUCCUGCUUCUGUGCGUGCGUUGGAGGAUUUCUCACCGGAAUGGUGGAACUUGAUGAACUCUGCAACAUGGUUCCAUGACUAUUGGCUCAGCCAGCAGCAGGAGGAUGGGAUGAGAUAUGGUGAAGCUCUGAAUGACGAUGAUGUUGUCUCUCUGUUGCCAGAGACCAUUGAUGUUGAUGUUGAUGAGGAUGUCUUGAACAUGGAAGCUCAGUAUGAAGAAUUUCUCCAAUCAAUUGCAAGGGAGCAGGUGGCAUCUCUUGCUGGUUCCAUGCCCAUGCCAGAUUCAUCCGGUUUAUCAAAGCAGUCAUUGCUAAGGAGUCUGAGCUUUCCAAAUGAUAGGGACUUCAAAUCGGCAUUUGAGGCACCGAAGUACUAUGAGAAGCCCGCAAAGACUGUUAGCCCCAAAUGGAACACUCGCAUCAUCCACCAGCCUCGCUGAGUAUUUUAACAUUUGGGGUCGGCACUUCUGAUGUGGUUACUCAGUUGUCUUCUGUAGUGUGUUCUUUCCUUUGCUGUUGUGUAUAGAGCAAGGUAUGUAGGUGCCCACACUUGUAACUAGCCUUGUUCAUGUCCAAAUGUAUGAAGCAGUGUUUAGCAAAAACUUGUUUUUCAAAUCUUCACAAAAACGAUAUGAUGAAAAGAAAAAAAACAUUUUAGUUGCAUUUCUUCUGCUUAUGAGAGAAAAUGUUGACCAAAAGUGUUGCUUGAUUGCUGUGGGCUUACAUGUAAAAGUCCAGCAGGGGUGAGCUAUUUUGGAAUUUGGAGUUUCUCUUGGUAAGCGUACGUUUUACCUCAUUCCUAAAAAUAUGCAUGUGAGAAUUACUAAAGAGAUGGAUGCUAA